AUGUCGUUCCACGAUCCUCACCGCCGGCUCAAGCUCACGCUGCUCCUCUCGACCAUCCUGCACCUCUGCCUGCUCAUCGCUGCAGGCGGCAUCGCGCUCAACCUCAUCAUCGCCGACUUUGAGUAUCACUGGGGCAGCAAGAAGUAUGGCGACGAGGGCGACACGUAUCCCUACCUGGUCCUCAUCAUCCCAUUCUGGCUCUGCUUCCUCUUUUCGCUGCCUCAAAUUGCCCUGCUCGCAUGGCUGCUCAGGCGCAAGCCGAGCAAGCUGAUGGCCACGCUGCUCGCAGUGUCUACCUUCCUCCUCUUCUUCCUCACUCUCCUUGGCGCCGCUCUCAUGCAGGCAAACUAUCCUCUCGUCUACGACAAUCUUCGUGAUCGGUGCAACUCGCUCAGAGCCUAUGGCACAGGCAGUGCUGAUCGCCUCGCAAGCGAUCUUUGUCCCAUCGUUCGCAAGGCGAAGCCAUAUGCUAAUCGCCAGUACGCCCUCGUCGCUCUCGCUUGGAUCGCCGUCGCCGUCGCCAGUUUCAUGCUCGGCCUGGUCGGGCUCGUAGGCUGGCGCUUCCGCAAGGCGGGCGUCAAGAUGGAGUCUGACUCUGCGCACGCUGGCAUCAUCGAGCGUGGCGAUGCACCUGCCACACAGACGCACAACAUCGCUGCCUCAACGCCGGCGGACACCUCGCCUGAGGGCGAGGCGAGCUGCCCCAUCCACGCGGCCGACGCCUCGGCGCAUGGCUCGACGUCAGUGCACGCAGCUGGCGUCGCGAGUAAGCAGAGCACCAUCUCGCCCGCCCCAGCGCCCGCUCUCGCGCAUGCUCUCGAGCAAUCCGAGCCGUCGACGCAUGUGCACGUCAAGGCUUCCCUCGAAGCUGCGCCGCACGAGGGAGGCGCUCAGCUGCCGGCGUACACCGUCGACGCUCCCGCUCAUCAUGGCGUCGCGACGCUCGACGCUCCCGCUCAUCACGGCGUCUCGUGA